AUGGCGAUCACCAAUUAUGCCGAAAAGGACGCUGUUGUCUCCGCAGACAUCAGCGAGGACAAAAUGGCCCACAGCGAAGCAGUGCCCGAGAAGGACGUUGCUGUCAAUCGCGACUAUGCGGGUGCCGCUCCAAAGACUGAUCCAGCGGAGAUCCGUCUGGUCCGCAAGCUGGAUUUUAGAAUCAUUCCAAUGCUGGUCGUCAUGUAUUUUCUCAACUACAUCGACCGUAACACUCUUGCCCAGGCACGCCUUGACAACCUCGAGAAGGAGCUGGGCAUGGAGGGCGAAUACCAAUUCAACACGACCAUUUCCAUCCUCUUCGUCGGCUACGUCCUGAUGCAGAUUCCUAGCAAUAUGCUAAUCACCCGGAUUAGACCAAGCAUCUAUAUGAGCUCGUGGAUGAUUAUUUGGUCAAUUGUGUCAGCUUGUACGUCCUUGGUCAAGUCCUAUUCUGGCAUGGUGGUGUGUCGUUUCUUGCUCGGGGUAACUGAAGCACCGCCAUUGCCUAACGCACAUGUUUCUAUAACAGAGGUUGCAGCUCGAAUUGCCGUUUUGUAUUGUGCACAGAUCCUUGCAACAGGAUUUGCUGGUUUAAUUGCUGCAGGAGUAUUUAAGGAUCUGGAUGAUGCAAGAGGCCUCUCUGGCUGGAGAUGGCUAUUUAUCAUCGAAGGCUGCACGACCACUGCCGUAGCAAUAGGAGGGUUCUGGUUUUUACCAGAUACCCCAAGCACAACCCGCUGGCUCAACACCACCGAACGUGAACUCGCCCACGCCCGAAUCGAACGGGAUAAAAUGGGUGAGGAAUCGGCCAAGAUCUCAGCCAUGGAAGGCCUAAGGCAAGCAGUUAGGGACAAGCGCACAUGGAUCUUCUGCCUCAUGCAAAACUUCCACCUGGCAGCCUGCUGUUUCAACAGCUUUUUCCCAACCGUCGUCAAAACCCUCGGUUUCCCCAAGACGGAAACCCUCCUCCUAACAUGCCCGCCAUUCAUCUUCGCCGCCGCCGCCGCCAUAUUCAUGGGCUGGAGCUCUGGGCGCCACCACGAGCGUACCUGGCACAUCACCGGGGGUCUCAGUGUCGCAAUAGUCGGAUUCAUAAUCGCCUCGUCAACCCUCAACACGGCCGGGCGCUACGUCGCAUGUUUCAUCUUCCCAAUCGGCGCAUACUCGGUCAACUCCGUGAUCAUCGGCUGGGUGUCGUCGACGCUGUCGCAGACGCGCGAGAAGCGGGCCGUGGUGCUGGCGAUGCAUAACGUUGCGGGCCAGAUUGGGUAUAUCUACGGCGCGUACGUGUGGCCGAAUUAUGACAGGCCGCGGUUUGCGAUUGGGUUUGGGGUUUCGGCUGGGUUUGCGUUUGGGGCGAUUGUGUGUGCGUGGUGGAUGCGGACGUUGUUGAAGAGGGAGAAUCGGAGGUUGAAGGAGGUGACCGGGGAUAUGAUUGUUAAUUACUACGGGUAUUGA